AUGGAUCUUCUUGUGUUGGUGCUCCUGUGCACUGCUCCACUGGUGCCGAGCUACCGCUCAGAAUUGGUUAUAGACAACUGUAAAGACAUGCAACUCCACCACACUGGGCUGAGCCCACAGACAGCACCAUCACCCUUCACUGUCACUGCAGAGCAAACGCGCUACGGACUUGGGGAGGAUGUCAAAGUUGAGCUACAGGGUCCAGCCUCCACACCAUUCACUGGUUUCCUGUUGGAGGCUAUAGAAGUGGGAAGCGAGACUCCUGUGGGUUCCUUUGCCAUACCAGCAGGGGCUGCUAAACUCCUCACUUGCAGCCAAAGACCUAAAUCUGCUGUGUCCCACACAUCAGGCUUUAAUAGCAGCUACAUUCAGGUGACAUGGAGAUCAGAACCAUCAGGAGAUAUCAAAGCUGUUCAGUUCCGUGCAUCCUUUGUGCAGAAUCCUACAACAUUUUGGGUUAAUGUGACGAGCCCUGUCCUGACCUUCACUAAUGGCAGGGUUGCCAGAUCUGCAGGUGCCCUCACUGGGAAUGGCAGUACACAACCUGCACCACUUGUUAAAUCAGCUGGAUCCAUCUCUAGUGCUGACUGUGGCGUCACCAAGGUCUGCUUCAGUCAGCCUUCAAACUGUGACCCAGCAGUCAGUUCUAGCUGUUAUUUCAUGUCAGCCAUGAUGUUACCCAGUGGUACAGCUGUUCAGUAUGAGAUGACUGGUCCUAAUCAAGGAUACAUCGCUUUUGGAUUCUCUGAUGAUCAGAAGAUGGGAAACGAUGAUAUUUAUGUUUGUGGCAUGAAUAGUAGUGGACUAGUUGGGGUGCAACAUAUGCGGUCAACAGGACGAACAACUCCACAAGUUGUUGCUCUGGGAAACGUUUAUAAUAUGAUAACGUCAUUGCAGAACAAUGUCAUCAGUUGUUCCUUCACUACUACGAACAUAAUUUCUAUACAGGGGACUUCAGGUUUCAACCAAUCCUACUACGUGUUGUUUGUCCAUGGACCCAGCAGCAAUGGUCAAAUCCAGCAGCAUAAUGGUGACUUUUACAGCAACAACAAGAUUGGCAUUUCUACUCCUCUGGCUGUCAGUCAAGACACAAUUCCUGAUAUUGUCAAAGCUCAUGGGUCACUGAUGCUGAUUGCCUGGAUGACCACGGGAACAUUGGGAAUGAUGGUUGCCCGAUAUCUGAAAAAAAUGGCCAAAGGAACGAGAAUGUGCAACAAAGAUCUCUGGUUUGUGGUCCAUAUCGGAGUAAUGUGUCUGACAGUAGCAGCCACAAUCAUUGCUUUCAUCCUCAUUUUCUCGUAUGCUCAGGACUGGUCUGGGGGAGCACAUCCAGUGUUGGGCUGCCUGGUUAUGAUCCUCUCAUUCAUCCAGCCUAUUGGGGCUUUGCUGCGCUGUGGACCACAACAUCACCUCCGGUAUCUGUUCAACUGGACACAUUUUUUAAAUGCAGUGGUAAUAAAAGCUUUAGCUGUGGCAGCCAUAUUUACAGGCCUGGACAGGAUUGACAGCAGUGAUGGAUGGCUAAUGAAAGUGAUGGGUGGCUUCUUUGCCUGGGAAGUUCUCUUCAUCAUCAUUUUGGAGGUCCAUGAUUGGAUAGUUAAGCAUACAGAUAGCACCACUGUAGAAAUGGAAUCAGCAUUGGUCAAAGGUGAUGGUCUGCUGAUCGGUCUGUUUUUUAUUGGAAACAUUUGCUUUUUGCUGGCACUUUUAGUUGGAAUUGGGCAGAAAUAAGAGCAGCAAAAGAAUCACCUAGAGCAUUUAAUUUGUUGUAUUUGAUCCGAAGAUAUUUAGUGAAAGAACAUG